UACUGGCAGACGCCACUAUAACAUCUCUGCUGCUCACAAUUGCUCAGUUGACUCCCUACUGUCAUUGAGAAAAACAAGUUGCAACUUGGAUUUUUAGCGUUCCAUCAUGUGUAAAGGACUUGCAACACUCCCUGCAACCUGCUUGAAAAGUGCUAAAGACAUCAAGCACAAAAUAAGCUUCUUACUGCAGAAACCUGAACCCCAUGCGGCAGAUCAGAAGGAGAUGAAGGAGAAAACUGUGACGACUGCAGCAAAGAGGGUUCCUGAUGCUGUGGAGGUGGAGAAAUGGAAGGAGUCUUUCAGCAACGUGAUGAGCUGUGAAAUGGGUCGUACGGUCUUUACCACCUUCUUGAAGUCAGAGUUCAGCCAGGAAAAUGUUGACUUCUGGAUUGUUUGUGAGGAGUUUAAGAAGAAUCCGCCUUCCAAGCUGGCAACCAAAGCCAGACAAAUCUACCAGCAAUAUCUCGAGGCAGAUGCUCCUAAAGAAGUAAACUUGGACGCAGCUACCAGAGAAAAAACAAGGCAGGAAAUCGAGAAUGGCAGCCCAUCCUGUUUUGACGAGGCUCAGAAGAUGAUCUACAUGUUGAUGGAAAAGGACUCCUACAGAAGGUUCCUUAAAUCCAAACUGAUUCAGGAUCUGUGUCAGAAAGAGAGGAUCACUAAUCAUGAAAAGAAAGGCUGUGACUGGGCUGACAGCAGACACGUCUUGGCUGGUGGGGCCUAAAGGCAGGGAUGACAUGAAGAUUAAAAGCAGGUGCCAAAGAUGGAAAGUGCAACUGAGAAAUAGACUGAGAAGAACAGAUAAUCUUUAACUUCUUUAACUUGCUGUUAUUUACAUGCAGAGUUUAACAGUCAUUUAUUCGAUAAAAAUUUAAUGUUUUCCAUCACUGAAUUCACAAUCCGCUGUCUUGUGGUUUUCUGAAUCAAAGAGGUUGAUAUGGACAGAUCUUACAUUGUAUUUCCAUGAAUGACACAGAUACAGCUUUAACAAACAUAUGUUCAGUGACAACAAUGGGGAAAAAACCUUCCCUUUCCCCUCCAAAUCAAAAGUCUUGUAACAGAAGGUCAGAAUCUAAAAAUGGAGAACAAGCCACCUACCUACAGACAGGAGCGGACUGAGGAGGAAAAGUGGCCCGACAGUUCCUGACAGACUGGCCCACUUUUAACUGCUAAGUUGAAAUUUUUAUGAAAAAUAUAGGCCUAUGAAUAUAUAAACACACACAUAGUUACAAUGCUAAUGUGAUGAUUAUUAUUCUCAGAUGGGCAAUAUAAUUGUAACAACAAUUAAUAUGUAUACAUAUUUAGCCUAUGAAGUAAACUAUAAUAAAGCCACAUAGUUUCUUGCCUUUCAACAACAACAGCUUCUUGAGCCUGGCAAAAUAGAGCAGAAGAAACACUGGAAAACAUCUGUAUUUUUACAACUACAUUUUUCACUAUAUGAGUAACCCCUGCAGCAAUUGACUCUUUUCUGCUACCCCAUCUAUGAUCUUAUCACUCUCCAGCAUCUUAAGUACAUCUGGCUUUCAGAGGUGGAAAGAGUAAAAAAAAAAAAUACUCCCGUAAAAAUACAGUUACUCAGAUAACAUUUUACUUAAAUAAAAGUUAUCAGUGUAAAAUCUUACUCAAAUAAAAGUAAAAAGUUCCUCAUUAAAAUUUUACCUUAAGUAAAAGUUACUUAGUUACUUUUUUAUGAGCAGAUGAAUGUCCCUAUUUUGUAUUUCAUAGCGAAAAAGAGGAGAUACUGGCCUUAAGCUGUUUUUUAUUAAAGGAGCACCUUUAUAAAUGAAAAUCCAACAGAAAUAUCCAACAUGCCGACAUAUGAAAUUAUGAAUUUGGGAGGUAUUACUUGUAAACAUACAUUCCCAAUUUUAUUUUGUCAGUUGCUGACUAUGGGUUAUCUGCAGCUGAUCAUCUCCCCCAUCUCAGCAUCCUUAUCUGUCAUACUAAAUCCUUCAAUACAUCUAUGAAGCUUCUCUGUGGUUUUCCUCUUCCAAAGAACCUGGCAGUUUUGAUCUUCAUUCAUCAUUUGUCCAAUAUGUACACUAUUCCUCAUAUCUGAUAUAUAUCAAUCAUAUCUUGACUACAAACUAAGCGACUGAUCCUCUGUUUUCAGCUUUAGCCAGUACGAAUUAUAAUCACAAGUACCAGAUAAAACUGAUAUUAUUUACAUUCAUUGUUAAAAUAAAUGCUUACACAAUCAUAGUCUUGAACAUAAACCAGAUACGGUUCACUUAUUGACUCCACUCCACAGUAUUUGCAUUUGCACCUGGUUAGCGCAAAUUAUGCUAUUUUUAGCUUUAGAUUAUGUUCAAUAACAACGUAAUUUAAAAAAAACAUUAGCACGUUAUCCAAUGUUUAUUCAAUGUUCAUGUGUGGUCUAAAAUUGUGUGCAAUUGAAUGUACAAAAUGAAAAUUUUAUUCUGUUUUUGAACCUGCCAAGACAUUUCUUUGCACUUUAGUUAUUUCACAUAUUUUCCUUUAGUCAAUUUUGACACUUGGAAAAAGAAAAAAGAAAAACAAUUUUGAAACAGCAAAAAUAGAAACAUUAAUCAUACCAUAUGGCAAUAUUACAAAUUAACUUAAUCUAAAAAGUAAGAACAAUAGUAAAUUGUCGUUCAAGACCCACUACUAAUCCCCCCCGAAAUGACCAUAAAGGCAACACAUGGCUACACUAACUGAACUUCCCUUCAAACAUAACGUGCUUACAUCAAAGGCUUAUUUUUCUUAUUAAAACAAAAAAGUGCAUGUCCCAUUAAACUCGAAUAUUUCCGAUACAGCUAAAAAGUCUUAAAAGUACUGCAUAAAUACGGGUUUUGUCACACAGUGGUGUUUGAGUACAACCUUUAAUAGUGGUCAAAAUUGCUCAUACAGAUUGAAAACGGAUACCAAAGAAAUCAACGUUGUCAACAAUGUCAGAAGAAAAUGGCAGAUAAUAUGUUUUUUACUAUCUCAAUUUCUGUAGCUAAUAGUUAAGAUUCCUUUUCAAGUGUCCCGUCAUAACGGACAAAAUCAUUAUGUUGGUAGCCGUUCACACACCAAACAGUAUUAUAGUUUUAGUGGUGGCAGUAUGCACAAUGUAAGAUGACACACCAUCAACAGAUGUACAAUUCAAGCUUUCCAUUUUUAGAAGCUCUUUUUAACUAUACAAUCAUUGUUCAUGAUAGCCUGUGUGGCAAUAAACGGAUGUUUCUAAUGCUUUUUCUCAUUGCUUUGCAAAAUCUCAAUCUGAAACUACCUAUUGGCUGUGCUGUAUGAACAUCCUGACAUGAUUUCUACAAUGUGAAAAUAGCAGCUUUGGCUAAGUUUAAUGGGAACUAUGAUCAUGCUUUAAUAUAAGAAAUAGUGCUGUUAUACUGCAUGUUAUGUACUACAUAAACAUUUAAAGUACUGAUUAAUUGUGAAUUGUUAUUUUUAUUAGGAUGUUUAAAACAUUCAUGUGUAAGUCAUGCUUUUCUGCUGAAAAUAUUAGUAGGUAACUUAAAGACUUCACUUUGACAGAAGAUGUUAGAGGGGCUUGCAGACAUGUCUGUUAAAUUAUCUAUGCUGUAAGUAACUGAAAAGCAAUUUAUUGUGUAUGUUGAGAUUAUUCAAUGAUGCUAUUGCCCUAUUUAUGUCAUGUCUUGUCAAAUUUAAAGGUGUGCUCCAGAACUUGUGAUGUUUUGUUGGUGGUGUAUUAAUCUGUUCAGAUGAACACUUUCUUUUAGUUGAAUGACAAUAAAGCCACUCAUUCAUUUUAUACACUCCAUUCCUAAUCCUAACCCAUACUGCAGUAUGUGUUAAUUGUGCAAAUUAAAGUAAUUUCUUGUAGUCACAAUA